UCCUCCUCUUCCUCCUCUCCCUCCUCCUCCUCCUCAGCAGCAGCAGCAGAAGCAGUGAGGUGGUCCUCCAGCCUGGAUGUCGGAUCUCAGCUUCUCCACUACAACAGAUGUCUGAGAGCUAGCCAGCUGAGUAGAGGACUUCCCUCUCUGCCUACGCUCUCUACCUGCAGCCAUGAAUGGUGGAGCCAGUGUGUGGGCCAUCACUCCAGAGGAGAGGGGGAAACACGAUAAACAGUUUGAUACCCUCACCCACGUGCUUGGCUAUGUGUCAGGAGAACAAGCGAGGAAGUUCUUCCUCCAGUCUGGCUUGCCCCCGUCUGUCCUGGCUGAGAUCUGGAACCUUGCCGACAUGGACGGUGAUGGGAAGAUGGACAGACUGGAGUUCUCCAUUGCUAUGAAGCUCAUCAAACUCAAGCUUCAGGGCCGGAAUAUGCCUUCUGUGCUGCCAAUUAUCAUGAAGCAGCCUCCAGUCUCCAAUUCGGUCCCAAUUGCCCCGUCAUCAGCACGUUUUGGAAUGGGUUCUAUGCCAAAUCUGUCUGUUGGUCUGUCAUCCAUGUCGACUAUGCCCGCCAUGCCCAUCCUAACACCCAUCCCUGGUAACCCUCCCAUGCCCUCUGGGCAACCCCUGGCGCUGGCGCCAAUGCCUUUUUCCCUCAUCACCUCCCUGGGAAGCGCCGGACUCCCCAACGUCAAUGUCAGCCUCCUCACCCCCCCACUCGUUCCCAACAACACAGUGCUCCCUCUUUCUGGCUUCUCUUCGCCCAUGGCGUUCUCUCCGACCUCUGGCAUGUCAAAAGCCAACUCUCUCCUGGACCUUGGAUCCAGCAGUUCAAAUUCGUCCUCCACCACGUCGCUGGCCAGCAACUCUCCGAAGAUGGGUACGAGCGACUGGGCCGUUCCACAGGCGUCCAGACUGAAGUACCGUCAGCAAUUCAACACGCUAGACCAGCUCAUGAGUGGCUACUUGUCAGGGCCACAGGUUAGAAAUGCACUGAUGGCAUCAAACCUGACCCAGACUCAGUUAGCUACCAUCUGGACCCUGGCAGACGUGGAUAAGGACGGCCAGCUAAGAGCCGAUGAGUUCAUUCUGGCCAUGCACCUGGUGGACAUGGCUAAAACAGGCCGACCUCUGCCACUCACACUUCCACAAGACUUGGUACCUCCUACUCUCAGAGGAGUCAAGCCCACUGAGCUUGUUAAUGGAACGGGGCCCUACAUAACUCCCUGUUUAAUAGACACGACAGAAAUGGACGCUGCACAGAAAACCAAGAGCGGUGUGUCCUUUGAGGACAAGCUGAAGGAGAACUUUGCACGAGGCAGCGCCGAGCUGGAGAAAAGAAGACUGGCUCUGGUGGAGGAGCAGAGGAAAGAGAGGGAGCGGAGGGACAGGGAGGAGAGGGAGGAAAGGGAGAGGAGGGAGAGGGAGGCCAGGGAGCAGGAGAACCGGAGGCGGCUGGAGGAGGAGAGGCGGUUGGAGAGGCAGAGAGAGAUGGAGAGACAGAGGGAGGAGGAGAGGCUGAGGGAGCUGGAGAGGAAGGAGGCGGCAAAGCAGGAGAUGGAGCGCCAGCAAAGGGAGGAGUGGGAGCGAGGGAAGAGGGAGGAGCUGGGCCGGAGAAAAGAGGGCGAGCAGGAAGAAAUCUCGCAACUCAGGGCGAAAAAGAGAAGUCUAGAGCUGGAGCUGGAGGCUGUGGGAAACAAGCACAAGCUGAUCUCAGACCGUCUCCGUGACGCUCAGAGCAAGAGGCGGAUUCAGAAGGCAGAGGUGGACCUCAUCAAUCAGAAGAGGGAUGAACGCAUCACAGAGAUCAACACGCUGCAGCUACAGUUUGAGGACUGGCAGAGGAAGCUGUCGCAGCUCGUCCCAGAACAACAGAGGCUGACUGAGAAGCUGCGAAACAUCAACCUGAACAAAGUCUCAUCUGUGUCUUUGACCUCUCUGGCCACAAGCGUGACAGAGAAAGGCGUGAACUGCCGGAGGCUGAAGGACCAGCUGGACACUCUGGAGAGGGAGACGACAGACAAACUGUCCCAGAUGGAGCAGUACAACAAAGAACUUAAGGAGCUGAGAGAGAAGCAGGUGAGGCAGCAGGCCGUCCUGGACGACCUGUAUCGGGUCAAAGAGGAGAAGCUCAGGGAGCUGCAAAGACGUAGGGAGGAGGAGAGAGAGAGGAGGAGGCGGGAGGAAGAGGAGGCGGCCAGACAGGCAAAAUUAGAGGAGGAGCAGAGAGAGCAGGAGAGGAGAGAACAGGAAAAGAGGGAGAAGGAGAGGCGGGAGAAGGAAGAGGAGGAGGCCCGGCAGAGGAGACUCUUGGAGGAGCAGAGGGCCAGGCAAAGGGAGGAGGAGGAGAGGGAGGCGCAGAUUCGCCUGCGAGCAGCCCAGGAGAAAGCACAGGAGGAGGAAAGGAGAAGGCGGGAGGAGGAGGAAAAGAGGAUAAAGGAGGAGGAGAAGAGGAAAAUAGAGGAGGAAGAAGAGAGAAAGCGAAAAGAGGAGGAAGAGAGGAGGAGAAAAGAGGAAGAGCAGAGAGGACAGCAGUCAACAUCUGUGGAUCAGCAAACAAUCAAGCCGACCACGUACAGAGCCCUGUACUCGUUUGUUGCCCGCAACACUGACGAGCUGAGCAUAGAAGCAGACGGUCUCAUAGAGGUGGAUGAGCAGACUGUCGGUGAGCCGGGAUGGUUAUGCGGGAGUUACCGAGGAAACAGGGGCUGGUUCCCCCAGAGUUAUGCAGAGAAAUGUCCCACGGCCUCUGCCACUGAGACGGUGCCAUCUUCUCCUGGAAAAAGGUCCUGUCCACCGCUACCACUUAACAAAAGAAUCCCCGAUGUGGAGGCAACAGGCGAUAACACUGCUCCUGUCCAAUCAGAUGCUUCACAGUCCUCUAUCUCUCUGCUGGCUCGUGCUGUCUCGUCGUGGUCGGCCACCUCAGAAACUCACCUUAGCCUCUUCGCCGGCGAAGCCAUCACUGCGCUGCUGAGCUUCUCACAGGGCGACGUCAUCAGCGUGCUGCAGCAGAGGGACCAGUGGUGGUUGGGACAGCUGAAUGGGACGCAGGGAUGGUUCCCAAAUAGCUAUGUCACUCUGGAGAUGGGUGGCAUUACGGAUGUGGAUGCAUUUGACACAUCCGACUCUGUUCAUCUGGAAGAGUACGUGGCUUUGUACACGUAUGAGAGCCCAGAGAUGGGGGACCUAACGUUUGUUGAGGGGGAUGUUGUCAUGGUGACAGAGAGGGAAGGAGAGUGGUGGCGAGGAUGCAUCGGGGACCAGACUGGGGUGUUUCCCUCCAACUACGUCCGACCUGUUGAGCCAGAUCUGUCAAGACCUGGAGCUACGGCCAAGAAACCUGAGAUUGCCCAGGCGGUCACCGGCACCGUCACCCCCAUGAUACAUCAGCUGCAUCUGUCUCCAGGGCAACUGAUCGUGGUUCUGGCAAAGAACUCCACCGGCUGGUGGCUUGGGGAACUGCAAGCUCGGGGUAAGAAGCGACAGAGAGGCUGGUUUCAUUCCUCUCAUGUCAAGCUCCUGGGUCCCACCAGCACCAAGCCCUCCCCCUCCCCUCUGCCAGUGUGCCAAGUCAUUGCGAUGUACGACUACACCGCCGCCAGUCGGGACGAGCUGAGCUUCUCCAAGGGUCAGCUGAUCAGCAUCCUGGACAAGACCAACCCUGAUUGGUGGAAGGCAGAAGCCAACGGGGUCACAGGCCUGUUGCCCACCAAUUAUGUCAAGAUGACGACAGAAUCGGACCCCAGUCAGCAAUGUUCGCUAGAUUCCUCAUCCAUGUCAGAGCAUGGAGGGAGUGAGGGGUGUGCGGACCUGAUGACGCUGGACACCAUGACCCCUCAGGAGAGGAAAAGACAGGGCUACGUCCACGAGCUCAUCCAGACGGAGGAGACUUAUGUGGAGGACCUAGAGCUGGUACUAGAGGUUUUCUACAAGCCCAUGUCUGACUCAGGCCGACUAACAGAAGCUGAGAUGGCUAUGAUAUUUGUUAACUGGAGGGAGCUGAUUAUGUGUAACACCAAAUUGCUGAAGGCCCUGCGGGUCAGGAAAAUGACAGGAGGAGAGAACAUGCCGGUUGAGCUCAUAGGAGACCUGCUGGCGUCGGAGCUCGCCCACAUGCAGCCCUACAUCCGCUUCUGCUCCUGCCAGCUCAACGCCGCCGCCCUGCUGCAGAGCAAAACCCACAACCAGCCUGACUUUAAAAACUUUCUCAAGAAGAUCGCCACUAACUACCGCUGCAAAGGAAUGCCACUGUCAAGCUUCCUCCUCAAGCCCAUGCAGAGGAUCACACGCUAUCCCCUGAUCAUCAAGAAUAUCCUGGAGCACACCCCAGAGGACCACGUGGACCGCGGGCCCCUGAGACAAGCUCUGGAGCGAGCCGAGGAGCUGUGCUCUCAGGUCAACGAGGGCGUCAGGGAGAAGGAGAACUCGGACAGGCUGGAGUGGAUACAGAGCCACGUCCAGUGUGAGGGUCCUAUAGAGCACUUGGUGUUCAACUCGCUGACGAACUGCCUCGGGCCUCGCAAGCUGCUCCACAGCGGCCGCUUGUACAAAACCAAAAGCAGCAGGGAGCUGUGGACUUUCCUCUUCAGUGAUUUCCUCCUCCUCACACACAGCGCCAAACCUUUCUCUUCCUCGGGAUCAGACAAGCUAUUCAGCCCCAAGACCAACAUACAGCUGAAGAUGUACAAAACACCACUAUUUCUGAAUGAGGUUUUGGUGAAAACCCCCCCCGACCCGUCCAGCGAUGAACCACUCUUCCAUGUCUCACACAUCGAUCGUGUCCACACACUCAAAACUGAGACCUUGAACGAGAGGGCGACAUGGGUCCAGAAAAUCAAAGCAGCAUCUGAACAUUUCAUUGAAACUGAGAAGAAAAAGAGAGAGAAGGCUUAUCAAGCACGUUCCCUGAAAUCCAGCGGUAUCGGACGACUGCUGGUGACUGUCACCGAAGCUCAAGAGCUCAAGGCCUGUAAACCAAACGGUAAGAGUAAUCCGUACUGUGAGCUGACCAUGGGGGCUCAGUGCUACACCUCCCGGCCCGUCAGCGACACUCUGAACCCUAAGUGGAACUUUAACUGCCAGUUCUUCAUCAAAGACCUCUACCAGGACGUCCUGUGUAUCACUGUGUUCGAGAAAGACCAGUUCUCACCAGAUGAUUUCCUGGGUCGUACUGAAGUUCCCGUGGCAACAAUAAAGAAAGAAAUGGAGAGCAAAGGUGCUGCAAACCGACGCCUGCUGCUACAUGAAGUCCCUACUGGAGAAGUUUGGGUCAAACUAGACUUACAGCUUUACGAGCCAAGCAAAUGAGGACAACUUACAGAAACACUCUCCCUCGAGCACAGACUCUCUUUUUAAAGUGAUGAUCAGAAGAUGUUUUCAAUAUGAAGCUACAGUUAAAGAGACUAAAAGUGCCUGUUUGUAGCAGUGCAAACAAUGCAAUUGAAAAAUCUUUUUGUUUUUCCCGCCACUGAAGUGACGUUUAUUCUGGUAAAGGGAAUUCUUAGUAUGAGUAUAAUUUGCCAAUACUUGAAUGUUCGUUAGUUGGAAGACAACUUAUUAAGACAUGCCUUAAAUUGUAACCAGGUCGUUUUUCCUACAGGGUUUAGAAAUGUGAUAUUUUUGUAUCAUAUAUAUACAAAUUUGUAUACAAUACCAUUUCACUUUUAAUGAAGGGAUACCAACCGUCAAAAUGUGUGUUCACGUGCCCUGUUACAAAUUCAAGAUGCCACACAUACAUUUCUAUGUUGCACACUACUGUAGAAUAUCAUUUCAGAGGUUACCUCAUGGUGUAAGGAAGUAUGCCAUUAAAUCCUAAAAUAAUGGCAGGAAUAAAAUACGUGGCUGUUCCACUACUUUGUCAACACAUUCUCGAUUUCCUGGUAUAAGUAUGAAGUAGUUAAAAGAAUAGAGAUGCGUGAUUUAAUUUGGAAGUAGCCGAGGACUCCAGCAGCUGGUUGUUUGUGAGCAGCCGGUCUAACCACACCUUCCAUCCGGUGUGGAAGUGGCACUGAUGUGGUAUGGUGUCUUAUCAAGCCUGCAUGAGAGACAUUUGCACAAAGUUACUUCUCUCUUACCUUCUCUCUUACUUCUUACUGCUGUGAUUCUAAAGUAUCACACUGUUGAUUGACAUCCUCCAGCGUUACAGAAAGCAUGGUGAAUUAUCAAUGAUUAAAGUCUUUGGAUGUUGUACCUGCUGGCGAGAGUUCUUCUGGGUGCAGAGACGGGAUAAUUGGGGGAAGCCUGUAGAACUGUGUUGGCCUGAGGCGUCACAGACUCACUGAGAGGACGAUCGCUCUGAGGUAGAUUCUCCACUUGUCUCCUUCUGCAUUUACUUCCUGAGAUAAAACAAAAAGUUGUAUAAUUUUGUGUCUUUGAACAGAAUUAGUAUAUCACAUUCACUCCAGCCAGAAUAAGGAGAGACAUGAGAGAAAUGAAUGAAUGUAGAUGACCACUCUUUUCUGUGCCUUUUGUUUUGUUGAAAUAAUAUAACUGUCUUAAUUCAAUGUGCUGUACGUGGGUUUCUAUGCUUGGUUGUUGGUUGGUUAUAUAGACUGGAUUAAGUGACUGCUCACCAAAAGCUAUGCAAAAGUGUAUUGAUCACCACCUGGUGGCUGGCUGCAGUAGAGGUUAUAAACCCUGCCUCCUACAUGUUAGUAGUUGGGACUUGGCUGAAACUAAAAAGUAA